CACCCACGUCCCGUCGGCCGAGAAGCCUAGAAGCUCCUUCGUCUCCGUUCGUUUCCUAUCUCUUCUUCUUCUUCUUCUUCUUCGCUCUGCUUCUUCUUCUCGGAGUAACCCCCCAAGGCCCCAAAUCACCAGCCAAACCACAUCUCGAUCGCGCCCGCGGUGCACCACCAUGGCCUCGCCGCUCGCCGCCAGCCUCCUCCGCGUCUCAUGCUCCUCCGCCUCCACCUCCGCCCCCAAGCCGACGACCCCCAAGCAGUCUUCCUCCACGCAGGCGCCGCGGCCGGCCGCCGCCGCCGCUCCCGUCCCAUCCCUCAGGGCGAUCCCGACAUCCGCGGCAGCAAUGGCGGCCGCACUGCCGCUUCUCGCGGCGCUGACGCCGCCGGAGGCGCUGGCGGUGGGGGGCGAGCUGGGGAUCCUGGAGGGCCGCACGGUGGCGCUGCUGCACCCGGCCGUCAUGGGCGGCCUCUUCGCCUACACGCUCUGGGCCGGCUACCUCGGCUGGCAGUGGCGCCGCGUCCGCACCAUCCAGGACGACAUCUCCGACCUCAAGAAGCAGCUCAAACCUUCCGCCGUCCCCGCCGCCAAAGUCGCCGCCGGCGCUGACUCCUCCUCCUCCGCCCCUCCCCCUCCCCCCGCCCCCAAAUCCCCCCUCGAGAUCCAAAUCGACGAGCUCACCGAGGAGAGGAAGAAGCUGGUGAAGGGGUCGUUCAGGGACAGGCACUUCAACGCGGGGUCGAUCCUUCUCGGCCUGGGCGUGGCGGAGUCCGUCGGCGGCGCGCUCAACACGUGGAUGAGGACGGGGAAGCUCUUCCCGGGCCCGCACCUCUUCGCGGGCGCCGCCAUCACCGUGCUCUGGGCGGCGGCGGCGGCGCUGGUCCCGGCGAUGCAGAAGGGGAACGAAACCGCCAGGAGCCUCCACAUCGCGCUCAACGCCGUCAACGUGCUGCUCUUCGUCUGGCAGAUCCCCACCGGGCUCGAGAUCGUCGGCAAGGUCUUCGAGUUCACCAACUGGCCAUGAGAAACACGAUGUCGAGAUCGAGCUAGUUAUUCUUCUCGUUUGCUUCGUCUCUUUCUCUCCUCGAUUGCUGACUGUUGGUUAAUUAAAAACAAUGGGCACAGUUUUGAUCUCCACUGUGUAAAUCAAAAUUAAAAGUACCAGAGGUUUUGAGUGUAUUUUAGUACUAUAGGUUUUGGAACGCAACAGAAGUUGAUCUCAAUGCUGAGUCUUCAGCUUUGCCGUCCAAGUAUGAUAUUCGGAAUGUCUAACAGUUAAACCUA